GCGAACAAGUCACUUCUCCAAGUCUUGCCUCGCCCUUGUCCACGCGCCAUCUAGCGAACAUGGCAUGCCGCCUGUUGAUCGCCGCCGACUAGGACUAUCGCCGCCGAUAACCUCAGCCACGCGGAGUUGGGCAGGAAAACGGGCGCAUGGGUGGCAUCUGGCUAUAACUGCAGCUGUGAACGCCCUCUGCCACUACAUUUUGGCCCUGGCAUAUUAUGCAGGUGCAGCAUCCUCCAUUUUUAGCCAUAUACAGUUACUCUCUAUGUAUUGCACCACUACUUGAUCUGCCCGCAUUUUUAGACUCAGGACCUGAGGGCUCAGAUUCGUCGGCUGCACUUUAC